CUACCUAGGUACCAAUUUCGAAGCACGGAACUACCGAACGGUGGUGGUUGUGGUUUUAUUUCGAUAGACUGAUGGCUUUGUAAAAUCGUAGUUUUAUGAUCUAUUCGUGAAUUAGCUUUAACUUUAUAUUUGUACAAUUAUGCCCGACAAAUGCUAUUUGUCUUGUACUAAUGUACAAUUUAUUUUACUACAAAAAUGAAAAUGUGUCAGCGCUCAUCAACAAAUGGUGUUAUAGCAGAGUGUUCAGUCGUCAUGUAAAGGAGGUUAGAACUAUCAAUUGAAAAUUAAGUAGGAGCUAGGCUUUUGUGGAGUGUUUGUGUAGUGAAGAAGUGAUAUUAUCUGGUGAAGGUGAUAAUUCAGACUCAAAAUGGCGGAUCUCGAGGCUGUGCUGGCCGACGUCAGCUACUUGAUGGCAAUGGAGAAGUCGAAAUGCACUCCAGCAGCUAGAGCAAGCAAAAAGAUUGUUUUACCGGACCCAAGUGUACGGAGUGUUAUGCAUAAAUAUAUGGAAAAGAAGAAUGAAGUAAAUUUCGACAAAAUAUUUAAUCAAGUUUUAGGUUACUUAUUAUUUAAGGAAUUCUGCGAACAAACGUCAGAAGAACCAGUGCCACAUUUAAAGUUUUACGAAGAGAUUAAAUUAUUUGAAAAGCAAGAAUGUGUUGAAGAGAGGCGGCGAAUCGCGAGGGACAUUUAUGAUAAUUUUAUUAUGAAAGAACUCUUAGCUCAUUCCCACGAUUAUUCUAAAGAGUGUGUAGCGCAUGUACAGAAAUAUCUAAUGAAACACGAAGUACCACCGAAUCUCUUUGAGCCGUACAUUGAAGAGAUUUUUCAACAUUUAAGAGGGGAGCCUUUUAAGAAUUUUCUAGAAAGCGAUAAGUACACGAGAUUUUGCCAAUGGAAAAAUUUAGAAUUGAACAUACAGUUAACAAUGAAUGACUUUAGUGUCCAUCGUAUUAUCGGACGAGGAGGCUUCGGCGAAGUAUAUGGAUGCAGAAAGGCGGAUACGGGGAAGAUGUACGCCAUGAAAUGUCUGGAUAAGAAACGCAUCAAGAUGAAGCAAGGCGAGACGCUCGCACUCAAUGAGCGGAUAAUGCUCUCUCUAGUCAGUACCGGGGUGGACUGCCCGUUCAUAGUAUGUAUGACGUAUGCGUUCCACACUCCAGAUAAACUUUGCUUCAUACUGGAUCUUAUGAACGGCGGGGAUCUGCACUACCAUUUGUCGCAACAUGGCGUCUUUAAUGAAGCUGAAAUGAAAUUUUACGCUGCUGAAGUUAUAUUAGGUCUAGAGCACAUGCACAAACGUCACAUCGUGUACAGAGACUUGAAGCCGGCGAAUAUCCUGCUCGACGAACACGGCCACGUGAGAAUAUCCGAUUUGGGUCUCGCAUGUGAUUUCUCCAAGAAGAAGCCGCAUGCUAGUGUCGGCACGCACGGCUACAUGGCGCCCGAGGUCCUCUCCAAGGGCACGGGCUACGACUCGUCCGCGGACUGGUUCAGCUUCGGCUGCAUGCUGUACAAGCUGCUCAAGGGCCACUCGCCGUUCCGCCAGCACAAGACGAAGGACAAGCACGAGAUCGAUCGGAUGACCUUGACCAUGAAAUAUAAUGUCUACCAGAAUGUGGAGCUGCCGGAGUCGUUUAGCCCGAGCCUGCGCAGUCUGCUCGAGGGGCUCUUGCAACGGGAUAUCAAUAAGCGGCUCGGAUGUAAGGGAAGAGGUGCCGACGAGGUAAAAGAGCACGUGUUCUUCGCCGGCAUCGACUGGCAGCAAGUGUACCACCAAAAGUACACGCCGCCGCUGAUCCCGCCCCGCGGCGAAGUUAACGCGGCCGACGCGUUCGAUAUCGGCAGCUUUGAUGAGGAGGACACUAAGGGGAUUAAGCUAACGGAAGCAGAUCAAGCUCAAUACAAGGACUUCCCCCUAGUGAUAUCGGAGCGCUGGCAGUCUGAGGUGGCUGAAACUGUAUUCGAAACAGUCAACCAGGAAGCCGAUAAGAUGGAACACAAGAAGAAGUCCAAACAGAAACAGAAGUUUGAUGCAGAUGAGAAAGAAUCCGAUUGCAUUCUUCACGGUUACAUAAAAAAGCUGGGCGGGCCGUUCGCCAGCGCGUGGCAAACCCGUUAUGCCAAGCUGUAUCCCAACAGACUCGAGCUGCACUUGGAGAAUAGCGCUAAACCUGAAAUGAUUCUGUUGGAUAUCGUCGAAGAUGUCUCUUCUGAUCUGGUAUCAGUUAAGGGUGAACAGUGUAUCGUGCUUCGCACUAGGAAUGACACUAAGAUUGUCCUCACCAAUACGGACGAGAUAGGUCUAAAGGAAUGGGCACUAUCACUGCGCUCUGCGCACAAGUGUUCCCAAGAACUAUUGGCGUCGAUGGCGAAGAAGGCCGGUAAAAUUUACGGCACAGAUGGUGCAAAGGAGUCGAUGGCUCUCGGGCGCCCGCCACCGGCCGCUUCCCCGGCGCUCACGAGAGCCCCCAACGGGAACAACUAGCACGAGCUUUCCGCGCCCAAUAAGGGCGCGAAGAUGUUCCGCCGCUCCAAGAGUGCGGCGCAACUUAUCAAGUGAACCGUUGUACCGAGUGAACUGUGACGCGCCGGUCUCGCGCUCGCGUAGUGUAAAGUGUAUGUGUCGUGGUUGUUGUGCGAGUGCUGCUAAACACGAACAUGGCGCGGAUCGCCCCGCAGUUUAGCGGCGCCCGCUCCCCUCAGGUAAGCCACGCCCGAAGCCAAUACGCUGACGUUGCGGCUCAUAGAGCCACAAACUAUAGUGAUAAUUAGGACUGCCAAUUAUUACUAAAUGAAUGCUGUUCGCAUUUUUUUAUUGUUGUUCGAAGUAUGUGAUAGAACCGAUCAAAUUUACGGAAAUUAAUAAUAAUGUAUGAACUCGAUUUCGUUUACCUUGCAGUAAACUUUCAACUGUGGAAAAUAUUGUUUUUUAUAAUUGUUUGCACCGAUUGAACUUUGUAAUUAUAAAUGUUCUGGAUGUUGUAUUUAAAUGUGGUAGGUACUGUAAAGAAUAAUUAAUGUAAUGUUGAUUAGAUAAAUAUAGCAUUUACAUAAUUAUCUGUUUUGUGCAAUAGGACAAAAUUUAUAAAAAAAAUGUAAUUAUGAUUCCUAUGUAAAUUAACAUUAGAAUGUUGUGACAUUUUAAAGUCAAAAUUAAGUAAUGUAUUAAUUAUUAUAGAUGCUUCAAAUAUUCAACUAAUAUUCUAAUUAGGAUUUAGCACUCUGUUACAUCUCUGACUAUUGCACAUAGAAUAAUUUAAUCAAUAUUUUAUUCAGAUGCUGAAUUUUAUUUUAUACAUCUGAUGGCUCUCUUGUGCAAUUUUUUUAUUAUGAAUAUAAAAGUUCCUUUUUAUCAAGAUACAGGACUACACAUUAUUUAUUGAAUUGUACUUAAAUAAUAGAUUUUCCAUUCUUGUUAAUAACUACUAUAUCUUUAGUUUUCUUGUUAUUUAUUUACAUAGAAGUAAAUGUAAGUAGCUGUAAUUUUUUAAUCCAUUCAUGCAAAUUAUAGAGGCAAUAAUCAUUUAACAAAGUAAAAGCGUGACAAGUAACAACAAUAGUGAUAUUUAAAGUGUUUAGAGAAUUUUUUAAACAUUCACUAUGUAUAGUUUACUGAAUAUACCAACAUUUUUCUACUGUUUUCUUUAUACUAUAGAAUAUGACUGCAGAUAAAUUAACCAUUGCAAUAAUGAUUCAACUUAAUAGAGGGCUUAUAUGCCUGAUGCAGAUUUAGAAGUACAUAUUAUGGUCUUAUAUCAUAUAAAUUUUAUACAUGUUCUUUUUUAUUAUACACAAUUGUGCAUUUUAGAAAACAUAAAAAAUAUGUCUCGUGUUUAGUCAGGUGUUUGAAAAUGUAUUCUCUAAAACAUGUUCACAUUUAUUUAUAUUUUUUUUCUUGGAUUUUAUAUACAUUUUACUGAAAGGAGAAUAAAGAAAAAAUAUUCAAUAAUUCCAAUUUUAAUGUUUGUAUCCGUAAAUAUUAAAUAGCUUAGAUGAUAGUAAAGAUGAAAACAAUAUAAUGAUAAGAAAUUCUGUAAGAAUAGACUUUUUAUAUAAAUUCAUAAUUUAUGAACUCCAUUAUGAAAAUAUGUUAUAAUUCAUGGGCUGAACUUGUGUUUCAAUAUAUAAUAUGUGUUUUGAUAGUUUGAUUUCUAUAAGUACAAAGAAAGACAAAACAACAGUUUUUUAAUUCUAAGUAUUCUAAAACCACAUGGUUUGACCUACUAUCAUAACAUACUUAAAACAAAUAAUUAUAAUUGUAUUUCUCUAAGAUCAAUUUAAAUACUCAAAUUAGGAACAAAUCUAUUCACAACACACUGUUAUAUAUUUAUUAUAAGGUAAGGUUUAAUAUAAAUAUUAACUUUAGUGUAUUUUAAACUAGAACUGGUGAAUGUUUAGGUGUAUUUCAUAUAACAUUUUAAGAACUAUUCACUCAAUAUCAAAAUUUUUAUCUAUUACAUCCAAAUUCUAAUAAUACAUCACAGUUUUUAGCUUAGUUAAUAAUAUGAUAUAUUUUCUAACUUUCAUACUUUGAUAGUAAAUGUUAAUUUUGAUGGUAUUGCAUAAUUAGUGUACUAUCAUUUAGGUUUUUAAAGCUUCACAUUUCAUCUAAAAUGUAUGUUUAUUGUGAAAAUGAAAUUUAUAAUUAGAAAAUGUGAUUGAUUUAUCUCAAUAGGAUAUAAAAUACAUUAGAUGCUAGUCAAUUAAAUUUAAAAACGGGAUUAUUGAUUGAGUGUAGAUGAAGUAAUGAUAGUGGUUUAACAGUAUUAUAGGUUAGCUGGUGAGAAGUGUGAUGUAAUCAUUUAAUUCUUUUGUAGACAAUGCUGAAUAGAUCGACUUCUUCACAAUUUUAUAUCAAUGUAUAUCACUGCUUUUGCUUAUGAAUUGUUUAUAUUUUUGUAUACAUAUUUUUUCUUUAUAUCUGUGUUAUAUAUUUACACGUUUUUAUUAUGUUGAAUCACAUAAUAUGACUUUUGUAUACACACAAUAUCUUCCAAUAUGCAUACUGUGACCAUUUAAAAUAAUAUACUAUAUAAGAUGUUACAUAUUAUUUUAAAGGUCGGAACUAUAGUUCUUAACAUUCCUCUAUGCCAAAUAAGUAAUAAUGAAUGGAUGAUGAAAUUGCAUUUAACUAUAUAUUCUGUUUUUAUUUUUGAAUACUUUUGUCUUAUUGUGCACUUACUUCCAUGCAAUACGUUGCUUAGAUAUUGGGUAAAUUUUGUAUUAGCGUAUAGGACAAGUGUAAGUAGCUAAAUCUGCAUCAGACAUUGUGUUAUCGUAGAAACCUCUGUUAGAAAAUAUUUUUAUUGUGAACCUACAUUAUAUGUAGUAAAUUGUUUAUUUAAUCA